AUGCAAAGAUCACGGAGAGCUCUUCUGGUUAGAAGAAGAGUUUCUGAGAAUACUUCGAAUGGAAGGAAUCGCCUCUACAAAGUUUCAUUGUCUCUGGUUUUUCUCAUUUGGGGGCUUUUUUUCUUAUCUGCACUGUGGUUCAGCCAUGGAGAUGGUGACAAAGGGAGGUCUUUAGUCGAUUCGGUACGACAAGGUGAUCCAGAUGAUGUUAGGGCAGAUGAGACAGCUCAACCUGUUGAUGCACCAUCACUAGAGUCAGCCUUUGUUCAAGCUACACCGGAUGUUCAUAAAGCCACAGCCAAAGAAAUCAUAUCGAAGCAAGUAGAAGUCGAUAUCACGUUUGCAGGAAACGUUACAGAAAGCAAAGACAACGAGUUUGUCAAGCAAAGUGAGAUGACUGAUAAUAACACAGGUCCAGGGAAUGAUGUGGAGACCACUGCUUCAAAGCUUGAUCAGCUAUCUCGUGCUGUUCCUCUUGGCCUUGAUGAGUUCAAGAGCAGAGUGUCCAAUACUAGAGACAAAUCUCUGUCAGAUCAGGUCAGCGGCGUGAUUCACAGGAUGGAGCCUGGUGGGAAAGAGUACAACUAUGCAGCCGCUUCAAAAGGCGCAAAGGUCUUGUCUUUUAACAAGGAAGCAAAAGGAGCCACAAGCAUCAUAAGCCGGGACAAAGACAAGUACCUCCGAAACCCGUGUUCUACUGAAGGGAAGUUCGUUGUCAUAGAACUUUCGGAGGAAACGUUGGUGAACACAAUCAAGAUUGCAAAUUUCGAGCAUUACUCUUCCAAUCUGAAGGAUUUUGAGAUUCUGGGAACCUUGGUUUACCCGACUGAUACCUGGGUUCAUCUGGGGAACUUCACGGCUUUGAACAUGAAGAAUGAGCAGAACUUUACACUCUCGGAUCCCCAAUGGGUGAGAUAUCUUAAGCUCAAUUUCCUAAGCCAUUACGGUUCAGAAUUCUACUGCACCUUGAGUUUACUAGAAGUCUAUGGAGUGGACGCUGUGGAAAGAAUGCUGGAGGAUUUGAUAUCUAUCCAAGACAAAAACAUAGUGAGACCACCUCAAGAAGGAGACACCGAGCAGAAAGAGAAGAAGCCAUUACAAGUGACAGAGUCCUCUGAAAGCGAUGAAGACGGGAGCAGACAGAAGGAGAAGGAACAAGAAACCUCGCCAGAGACUGCGGUUGUGAAAGCUGAAACAUCAGUUAAAAAGCUGCUGCCAGAUCCGGUGGAAGAGAUGAAACAUCAUCAACCAGGAAGCAGAAUGCCAGGGGACACGGUGCUUAAGAUACUGAUGCAGAAGAUACGGUCACUGGACUUGAACUUAUCAGUGCUUGAGUGUUACUUGGAGGAACUGAGCUCGAGAUACGGGAAGAUAUUCAAGGAGAUGGAUGUGGAGUCGAGCAAGAGAGAAAAGGAGGUGGCUUCUAUGAGACUGGAGGUGGAGGGAAUGAAGGAGAGGCAAGAGAAGAUGAAGGAGGAGGCAAUAGAGAUGAGUGAGUGGCGAAUGAAAGUGGAGAGAGAGCUUGAGAAGGGUGAGAAAGAGAAGGAGAAAAUGAAGGAGAGGUUGGAGCAAGUUUUGGAAAGAAUAGAGUGGAUGGAGAAGAAAGGUGUGGUUGUGUUCACCAUCUGUGUCGGGUUUGGGGCUAUCGCGGUUGUAGCCGCGGUUCUUGGGAAGGGGACAUAUCGAGCAGAGAAGCAAGGCGGUUUGGCUUGGCUUCUGUUAUUGAUAAGCUCAGCAUUCGUUAUGUUCGUUUUGUCUCUUUGA